AUGUCAGGCGAAUCCUCUAAAUCCACGACAAACUCGUCAAAGACACCAAAUAUAUCCCUUAACAGGCAAAUAAUUCUCGAUGAAGACGAGUAUACAGAAGGAUUGACCCGAAUCAUUACUCGCGACUUUUUCCCUACUCUACAUCACAUCCAAGCCACAAACGAGUACCUUUCUGCACUCGAAUCGCAGGAUCCUGCACUCAUUCAUGCCUCCGUACGAACGUUGCGUGACUUGGGACCGACGCCGGUCCUCCGACGAGGCGACAUGGAGACACCACUGCGUGGAAGAGGAUCAGAAACGGGUCCGAACAAGCGAAGAAAGUUGAACGAGGACGAUUUGAGCCUCGAUGAUUAUCAGGCGCGGUUCACUAGCGAGGACAACGCGAGCUUUACAGAGAUUUUGGACGAGGAGAAUAGACAGCGGCGAGAGCGGUUCAAGUGGGCCUGGGAAGCACAAAGAAAGGCCAUGGACGGGAAGAUGGUCGAAGGAGUCAAUAGGGAGCGGAUGCUCAUUGAAGGCACGGGCGAAAGCGACGCGAGAGGAGUGGGCGUUAGACCGGGUGUGCGAGGUCUUAUCACCGUGGAGAAGCCAGAUGUUCUCCUUAUCACCAAUGGAGAUGAAGAGAAGCGAACAACAACGACAGAAGAUGCUCCUUCCAAAGACCCUUCCCUAGAAAGAGACGUCAUGGCUCCAACAGAAGACAGUCGAGUCCACUAUAUCUCAUCUUGGAAUUUCAAGACUCGUAAUGGCCUCAUGUUUCAACCCGAUGCAGAUACCUCUCCCUAUCACCAACCGCCGCCUUCUUCCACUGCUGUCUCUGCCACGAAUGCUAAUGGCGGAAUCUCACAGCCCAAGUCGAUAACGCAUGCUGGCACAAGACUGCCAUCACCGCCUCCAACCGACGCGUCGCCGUCAAAUGCUAUUCCGCCGAGCCCUACACGGAGCCGUAUUGAUGCAGCAAUCUCCGGAGUCCGCUAUGUUCCAUCUGCGUCUGAGCAGGUCGCUGAAGGACCAAACGGAUACAACUAUGUGCCGACUCUCCCAUCACCUUCUCCUGAUCAGCUCGGUCCUUUGGCCAUGAAAGAGCUAAUGACACUGGGCACGCUCUUAUCUACGCCCAGACUUCUCUCCUCGACACGAGACGGUUCAGACAACGUCGCACCUGACGCUACCCCAUUCCACAUCGCCGCACCGUCGAGAAGAGAGCAAACGGGGAUGAAGCUCUCGAUGAAAGCAAGUCGAUCGAUACGCGAAAAGGCAUCUUUGCUGAGCGGGAGUACGCGAACGCCAAGGCCAAAGGGUGAUAUGGCUCCCCCUAGUGCGACGCCGAGAAAGGGGGUUAGUGAUCUGACACCUGCUGCUCGUGCACUACUUGCAAGGACUGCGACGGGGAAGAAGAUGGGUGCCACUGGAGAUACGCCGUUGAGGAAUGGCGGUUUGCUUGGGGACUCUGGUGUAGAACGAGAUCUGCGCAAGGUCAGAUGGACACCGAGCCCCAUGACGCGUCGUUGA